AUCAGGCUAGUCUUUUCAAUCCAAUUAUUGUUUGCAAUGCGGCCCGAAAGGUUAAUCAUCUCCCAAGGCAAGUGCGUUGUGGAGCCAUCAAAUGAUAACACAGACCAGAUGGACGUUGAUCGGAGGGCCACGACAAUUCACUUCAAUGAGGAAAUAAUUAUGGAGAUCUUCAGCAGGUUACCGGUGCAGUCUCUACUUCGAUUCAAAUGUGUUUCGAAAUUUUGGGAGGCAUUAAUCUCUUUUCCUUACUUUAAGAUGAAGCAUCUCAAUUUUGCCAAGAAUGACCAAGAUUCCCAAAAGCUUCUUAUUAACCAAAUGUGCCCUAAGUAUGGAAUAUUUUCCAUAUAUUGUUGUCCUUUGUCGUCUCUUCAACUGGUUGAGGAUGUGCAAAAACUUGAUUGCCCUUUAAACCCUAAACCAAAUCGAUUCGCAAUCCAUUGUUAUUACGAUGGCUUGGUUGUUAUCGAGGUUCCUGAUAAUUUGGAUGGUUAUCGCCGCACUCUUUUGUUGUGGAACUCCUCCACAAGAGAAUCAAUAGUACUUCCCGCUCUAGAAUUUCCACCGGAUGUAGUUUCUCGUUUUGGAUUGGGUUAUGACUCAACCCGUGGUGAGUAUAAGAUCCUUCAUAUGCGCCAGCACUUACAUAGAUCGAUACCUAGUGAAAUUCUCGCGUUGAAAAUUGGUUCCUGGAGAAGAAUUGAUAAACAUCCUCGUGCCUUUUUCAAUGAUAAACAUCCUCGUGCCUUUUUCAAUGUGUUGUUUGCUAUGCAAUUUUUGACAUUUAUACAUGCGGCAUUUCAUUGGAUCGAUUUUUCAAGAAAAUAGUAUUUUGUGUUGGUUUCAUUUAGUAUUUCAAAUGAAGUGUAUGGAGAGAUAUCCUUGCCAGAGGAAAUAUUAAGCUUGAGGGGCCACACCCGUAUUGGCGUUUUAGUGUUGGAAGGAAUGCUUUGUAUUCAUUCUAAUAUUCAUCAUCAGGGAAAGUAUACUUCUAAGUUGUGGGUAUUGAAAGAGUAUGAUGACAAGGAAUCUUGGAUUCAUUUGUUUGCUAUAGAAGAUCCUUCGAUUUUUAAUGCCCUAUCGAAAUAUAGGUUUACGAAUGGUGAAGUGCAAUUCCUUUGC